GAACGCACCCAUUCACCAAAACGUGAAUGCCCGUGAUGAGUUUGCGAAGCAGGAAUGUCUGAAAACGUGGCUCCGUCCUCUCAAAUAAAGAAAAAUGUGCUGUUGGUUGGUCAUUCCUUCGCACGACGCGCAGGUAGAUUGUGUCCCUUUAAAUUAGGAAGUGUCAUUAUAAACGCUAGUGGCGUGUCUGGGGGAGGGGUCAAGAACCUGAGUCAUACAUGGGACGAAGUUAGUGAGGAAAUGAAACCGGAUAUAGUGUUUAUCCAAUCAGGAGAGAACGACAUCGGGUCAAUGCCCUGGAAAGACGUUGCCGACACCCUCUUCCGGUUCGCAGAGGCCAUCAGCAGCGACAAGGUCAAAGUUGUUAUUGGCAGCAAGUUCAAACGGUACAAGUUUAGAAAUCCUAAGAUGAACUUGGCGAGGUAUAACAUGUGCCGUAAACAGAUAAACACGUAUCUAAAAGUGAAGUGCCGUGAAACCAAUUGAACGGCUAAACGCAUAAGGUUCUGUAGAAUGUUCAAACCAUACCAGUCAAAGGAUCGCUUCUUAGAAGAUGGCGUCCACCUGACUCCAGCGACAGAAUUGCUAUGGGUCAAAAUGAUCGCGACGUAUUGUAAUAAGAAAUUGAUAUGAACGUGUAGACGUGAACAACGUCGUUUUCACUGUGCUCAAUUUCAAUUAUUUGUUGUCAAAUGUUUAUAAGGUUUGAAAUAAAUUUGU